UUCUUCCUGUACGCAUACUCGCUCUCGCUCACCGUUUUCAGUUUUCACUGUCUCCAUCACGACGUCGUUUCAUCGACUUCAAAGCACCCCGCCGCGAAGUCAACCCAACCGGAGCUCCGAUAUUCCGCCGUGAAACCCGACGAUACCUGAUCUUCAAGAAAUGUAUAACAAUGUGGGACCGCAGCCUGGGGUGCCAAGACCCCCAACAAACACUCAGCCCAGUCCAUUUGGGAAUUCAUUUUACGGAGCUGGUUCAGGACUUAUUAGAGGUGGAUUGGGUGCAUAUGGAGAAAAAAUAUUAGGGUCCAGCUCUGAGUAUGUACAAAGCAAUAUAAGUAGGUACUUCUCUGACCCUCAGUACUACUUUCAAGUGAAUGACCAAUAUGUAAGGAACAAGAUAAAGGUUGUUCUCUUACCAUUUCUCCACAGGGGCCAUUGGACGCGAAUAACAGAGCCUGUGGGAGGCAGGCUUUCUUAUAAGCCACCAAUUUAUGAUAUAAAUGCACCGGAUUUGUACAUUCCGUUUAUGGCAUUUAGCACCUACGUUAUUCUUGCUGGCUUGGCAUUGGGUCUUCAAGGAAAGUUUAGCCCAGAAGCUCUAAACUGGUUGUUUGUCAAGGGAUUGCUUGGAUGGUUUAUGCAAGUCAUGCUGCUGAAAGUUACUCUGCUUUCAUUGGGUAGUGGGGAGGCGCCCUUGCUGGACGUUGUGGCAUAUGCUGGUUAUACUUUCACAGGAAUAUGUCUGGCUGUUCUUGGGAGGAUCCUGUUGAGUUACUCUUACUAUUUUUUGAUCCUCUGGACGUGCAUGUGCAUGGGAAUCUUCUUGGUGAAGACGAUGAAGAGAGUCCUUUUUUCAGAGAUGCGAAGUCACGAUUCGAGCAGGCAUCAUUAUCUCUUGAUCUUUAUUGCUUUUGCUCAACUCCCACUUUUCUUGUGGCUUGGCAACAUUACUGUUAAUUGGCUAUUUUAAACAUUUUCUUAUAUACUGUAGUGAGAAAGAAUCCUGUUCAUAGCAGCUUUUUAAAUGUUUCAGGCAAUUCGGCUCCCAGUUGAUUUUCUUAUAUUUCAUUCAUUAUAUUCAUAUUACUGACUAUAA